CGCCGAGUCGUGGAUCGGAGCCGCCCGGGUAGAAGCAGUCGCGGGCCGCGCUCGUCGCUCGGCGCGGGCGGUUUGAAGACGCCGGGAUGGCGGCGCCGAGGCGCGCGACCCAGCGGGCGGCCCCCAGCACCGCGCCUGCCGCUGCUGGCCCGGGGGCGGCGAAGGCCUCCGUGGCCGGCGUGGAGCAGAAGCUGGACGUGCUGACGCUGGUCCGGCUGCGGGAGCAGUUAAAGCAGCAGUUCAUGGAGUGCAGCACUGUCGUUGACGCAGGUGAGGAAAGCAUUCCUGACCAAGUCAUGGAAGAAGGAUUAAUUGAGGCUACUGUGGAAGAACUGGAAAGAGAAAUGGAACAAGCAAAGAUUUCUUUCCAAAACAAGACAUUGGCAUUGCAUAGGGUCCAGAUUAUGGAUGCCCUCCGAACCAAACUGAGACAAAAUGAUGAUGACUCAAAGUUAAUCUUGGAGACUAUAAAACGCAUACUAAUGCUUAGUACUGCAGCAAUUGAAUUUCAAAAGCAAGCACGUGAAAUGGAAGAAAAGCUGAAUGAUAUUAAAAGGAAACGACUCUCAUUAAAACAAGCUGGAGAAAAAAAACUAUUACAGAUUCACACCAUGAAGAAAAAACAAAAAGAGGAACUAGAGGGUAUUGAAGUGGGAGAAAUGCUAAAGAGGAUACGCAGAAACUUGCAAAAAGAAACAGAAAUGACUACAUUAAUUCAAAAUAUAUUUCAGAGUAUCAUUAUUGGAAGCAGAGUUAACUGGGCAGAAGAUCCAGCUUUAAAGGCAAUUGUUCUACAACUUGAGAAAAAUGUGGCUCUUAUCUGAAAUUUUAAACAAUAAACUUUCAGAAAU